CGGGGACGUGGCUCCAGCGGGGGACGUGGCUCUGGUCGCCACCGCCUCCCCCCAGGCCGCCCCGCCCCGGGCAUCCUUGCUCAGUUUUCAUCUGCUGGGGGAAAGCUGGUGGCUGUCUCUCCUCCCAGCCUGCUGCUCAUUCAUUUGCGACCCAUUUUCGGGUACUUGGUGGUGUUGUUGAAAUGGCACAGGUUAAACCGUAGAUUGUGCAGUGCCGCUCUGGGGGGUCAGGGUUGAAGUUCGAGUGGUGGAGGAGAGACUGUCACUCGCUGACAAGCUGUGCACAAGACCAGCUCCAGGCUGCCCAACAGGACCUCUCUGCCUUUGGCGUUCAGACCCGCGCCUCUUAACGAAGGGAGAUUCGGUUUGUCAGCACAGAGAGAAGGGACAAUAACAUCAUCUGUGGGAAAGAGAACCAGCUUCCUUGUGGUGACUACACAGCAGGUUGUUGUAUGGAAGGACUAGGAACCAGCAGGCCACCGACUACAUUUCGUAUCAGCGCACACAAUCAGUUCUAAGAGUCCAUGUUGAUCUCGCAAGUAGAAGGAUUUAAAAGAGAGAAGUCGCCACAGAAACCAAGAACAUUACCAUCUCCUUUAGCCCUGAAGGGUGGCGGACAAUGGAUAUCAUAGAGACAGCAAAACUUGAAGGUCACUUGGAAAGUCAAACCAACGACUCCACCAACACUUACACAAGCCCCACCGAAGCUGGAGAGGAAGAGGGCAAAAAUGGCAAGGGCAAACCCAAGACCUUACCCAAUGGGUUACGAAAGGGUGCCAAAAAAUACCCGGACUACAUCCAGAUUUCCAUGCCCAACGACUCCAAGAACAAGUUUCCCCUGGAGUGGUGGAAAACAGGCAUCGCCUUUGUGUAUGCGCUCUUCAACCUCAUCCUGACAACCGUCAUGAUCACCGUCGUGCACGAGAGGGUCCCUCCCAAGGAGCUCAGCCCUCCGCUCCCAGACAAGUUUUUUGAUUACUUCGACCGGGUCAAAUGGGCAUUUUCUGUAUCAGAAAUAAACGGGAUGGUAUUGGUUGGGUUAUGGAUCACCCAGUGGCUCUUUCUGCGGUACAAGUCAAUCGUGGGGCGUAGGUUCUUCUUCAUCAUGGGAACUUUAUACCUGUACCGCUGUGUCACUAUGUACGUCACUACGCUGCCUGUGCCUGGAAUGCACUUCCAGUGUGCGCCAAAGCUCAAUGGAGACUCUCAGGCAAAAAUACAGCGGAUUCUCCGGCUGAUUUCUGGCGGGGGGCUGUCUAUCACGGGAUCUCACAUCCUGUGCGGAGACUUCCUCUUCAGCGGCCACACUGUCGUGCUCACACUUACUUACUUGUUCAUCAAAGAAUAUUCACCUCGUCACUUCUGGUGGUAUCACUUAGUCUGCUGGCUGCUGAGUGCGGCUGGGAUCAUCUGCAUUCUUGUAGCGCACGAACACUAUACCGUGGACGUCAUCGUUGCUUACUAUAUCACAACACGGCUGUUUUGGUGGUACCAUUCCAUGGCCAACGAAAAGAACUUGAAGGUCUCUUCCCAGACGAACUUCUUGUCUCGGGCUUGGUGGUUCCCCAUCUUCUACUUUUUUGAGAAGAAUGUGCAAGGCUCAAUUCCUUGCUGCUUUUCCUGGCCGCUGUCCUGGCCCCCUGGCUGCUUCAAGUCAUCGUGCAGAAAGUAUUCACGGGUGCAGAAGAUUGGGGAGGAUAAUGAGAAGUCUACCUGAGCUGCCAGCCCGGCAGCCGCUUUCACACCAAAAGAGUCUGUGCUGCAACCGAAGGCACGUGCGGCUUUCUAUUUAUUUUCAAAGAACUGACUGGUAAAAAUGAAGUGGACCAAAUUUUAUGCAAAAGAUUGGAGCGAUGAAGUAUUACCUUUGGCUUUUUUUUUAUUCAUCCCAAGAAACAUAUAUUUUCCUGCAGCUCUUCGUCCAUUGAUGACAAAGCCCCCUCGCUGGAGUUCCAAAGAGGCGGCAAAGAACACGCCGAGCCUCUCCUCGCCUUCCUUCACUUCCAUGUUCUUUCCAGAUUGCUUUUUUUUCCUCCCUUCAAGGCCAGAAGAGUUUGCUAACGUUUUGAAUAAAAUGUCUGGAUAUAUACA